UCAACUCCAAAUUGGUUUGUUAUUGAACAGAAUUGACAGUACAUGGGGUAUGACGUGCUGAAGACGAGAAUCUGGGGGGACGAAUUGCUGAGAAAUACAAUCUGAAUCUCUAGUCUAAUAGGCUAGCCCCUCAGAUUUCUAAGUGGCAGAGAUCGCGAAUUUCGCACACCGUCCGAUUGGUAAUCCACGGACGUCGUAUCAUAGCAAGAGAUCGAAUGUCGGGGUAAUUAAUCGGAACUAAUUCCACAUCAUUCGUCAAUUGUACGAUCUCUCGUCUCCCCUGGAUAGCAUAAACUUUCCAGCACUGCUUUUUUAUUAGUAAUACCAUCGGAGUUCUGUUCCAAAGGGAUAUAGUUGGCCCUCAUUCAUAAUAUCUACGAUUUGAGCAUCAUGUCUUCCGAAGGAAAAGCCCCGAAAACUUUUCUCCUAGGCGCUACUGGUUACAUUGGCGGAGAUGCCUUGAAAGCCAUACUGGAUCAAUCCCCCGAGCAGGAAUCCAACUUCUCCGUCUUGGUACGAGAUCCGAAGAAAGGAGAGGCGAUUAAAGCCGCGUAUCCGAACAUAAGAGUUGUCCACGGCUCCCUCGACGACACCGAGCUCCUCGUCGGCGAGUCCGCGCGGGCCGACAUUGUCCUGCAUCUUGCGCAUGCAGAUCAUGUCUCAGCCGCCAACGCCAUCAUCGCCGGAUUGAAGCAGCGGUCUGCGGAGGGGAAAACUUCGUACUUGGUACAUUGCAGCGGCACUGGCAUUCUGUUGUAUGAGGACAUGCAGGCGGGAAGAUACGGCGAAGCUUCCGACAAGAUCUACAACGACUGGGAAGGUCUCUCAGAAAUGACAUCUUUUCCUGACGCGGCCCUUCACCGCAACGUGGAUAAGCUCGUAUUGGCGGCCGGCGAAGAUGCCCGUAUCAAAACGGCCGUCGUUGCGCCGCCUUUGAUCUAUGGCAUUGGUCGAGGUCCGGGAAAUCAGCGAAGUGUCCAGAUCCCUCGGCUGAUUGAAAACUUCAUCCAGGGCCGCAAAGGAUUUCAAAUCGGAGAAGGCAAAGCUUGGUGGAACAACGUGCAUGUCCACGACCUCAGCGAGCUGUUCGCACUCUUUUACAAGGAGGCUCUGUCAGGAGAGAAGAAGGAGGUCUGGGGUACCGAUGGAUACUACUUCGCUGAGAAUGGCGCAGCUGUUUGGAAGGACAUUUCUUCAAGAAUAGUUGAGAUUCUCUACUCCAAGGGCCUUAUCAACGACAAAAACAUCGACAAGAUUUCUCCGGAGGAAGCUGCGAAGAUGUUCCCGUACGCUGCAAUAGUAUGGGGCCAGAACAGUCGGUCCAGUGCCAUCAAAGCAAGGAAACUUCUUGGCUGGGCUCCCAAACAGCGAAGCCUAGAGGAUGAACUCCCCAUAGCUAUCGAUUAUGAGGUGAAGAGACUGAAUCUUAGUUAGAAUAGGUAAGGCCUGGUUGUUCGCUGGAAGAUGAGGGAGUUGAGUCGUCGCUUGGCUAUGAAAGGACUAUGAUCUGGUGG